AUCUGACUUUCUUUUUCAGAUGCUCCCUGGUGUGGUCACUGCAAAGCGCUGGCCCCUGAAUAUGCCAAAGCAGCUGGAAAACUGAAGGCAGAAGGCUCCGAAAUCAGAUUGGCAAAGGUCGACGCCACCGAAGAGUCUGAUCUGGCCCAGCAGUAUGGCGUCCGUGGCUACCCUACUAUCAAGUUUUUCAAGAACGGAGAUACAGCUUCCCCCAAAGAAUACACAGCCGGGAGGGAGGCCGAUGACAUCGUGAACUGGCUGAAGAAGCGCACGGGCCCCGCCGCCACCACGCUGGCCGACGGUGCUGCUGCAGAAUCCCUGGUGGAGUCCAGUGAGGUGGCCGUCAUCGGCUUCUUCAAGGAUGUGGAGUCGGACUUUGCCAAGCAGUUCUUGCUGGCAGCAGAGUCCAUCGAUGACAUGCCAUUUGGGAUCACUUCCAACAGUGACGUGUUCUCCAAGUACCAGCUCCACGAAGAUGGGGUUGUCCUCUUCAAGAAGUUUGACGAAGGUCGGAACGACUUCGAAGGGGAGGUCACCAAGGAGAACCUCCUCAGCUUCAUCAGGCACAACCAGCUGCCUCUGGUCAUCGAGUUCACAGAGCAGACAGCCCCGAAGAUUUUUGGGGGUGAGAUCAAGACGCACAUCCUGCUGUUCCUGCCAAAGAGCGUGUCCGACUAUGAAGGCAAGCUGAGCAACUUUAAGAAGGCGGCCGAGAGCUUCAAGGGCAAGAUCCUGUUCAUCUUCAUCGACAGUGACCACACAGACAACCAGCGCAUCCUCGAGUUCUUCGGUCUCAAGAAGGAGGAGUGCCCGGCAGUGCGCCUCAUCACCCUGGAGGAGGAGAUGACCAAGUACAAGCCCGAGUCAGAUGAGCUGACGGCAGACAAGAUCAAGGAGUUCUGUGACCAGUUCUUGGAGGGCAAGAUCAAGCCUCACCUGAUGAGCCAGGAGCUGCCCGAGGACUGGGACAAGCAGCCGGUCAAAGUGCUGGUGGGGAAGAACUUCGAGGAGGUGGCAUUCGACGAGAAGAAGAACGUCUUUGUGGAGUUUUAUGCCCCGUGGUGUGGUCACUGCAAACAGCUGGCGCCUAUCUGGGACAAGCUGGGAGAGACGUACAAGGACCACGAGAACAUUGUCAUCGCAAAGAUGGACUCCACAGCCAACGAGGUGGAGGCGGUGAAAGUGCACAGCUUCCCCACGCUCAAGUUCUUCCCCGCCAGCCCCGACAAGACGGUCAUUGACUACAAUGGGGAGCGGACGCUGGAAGGGUUUAAGAAGUUCCUGGAGAGUGGCGGGCAGGACGGGGCAGGGGACGAGGACGACCUGGAAGAUCUGGAGGAGGCUGAAGAGCCAGACAUGGAGGAAGACGAUGACCAGAAAGCUGUGAAGGACGAGCUGUGAGGCCGGAGAGGCGGCCUGGACACCACAUGCCCACACCGUGGGGCGGCACUCCUGGCAGCGGUGCCUCUGGAGACCCCAGGAACCCCCUGUAAGGGGCAGCGACCGAAAUCCAGGGACCUCUCAUGCUUCCCCUAACAUGUCCGUCUCCCCACCUCUUCUCUGGCUCUUCAUUUGGAAAGGAUCUGUCGCCAGCGCCUCUUGUCAUUGUGAUGUACUUUUGUACCUGGUAUCUGUCCCAAGUGCACACUCGCUGAAAUGUUUGGCAAUCCCACGUGGGCGAUGCUCCUUCCUGUAGAGGUUUAUGCCAUUGCUUCUCAGGAAUUCUCCCUGUGGGAUUGUUACACGUUUUCCGGUGUCAGGGUGUGUUUCUCCUCGGCCGGGCCUCCCUGGGAGUCUGUCCCCGACAUGGGAACCACCCAGGCUGGGCACGGACACUGUCCACCUUGUGCCAGUGUGGCCACAAGCGAGCGUGGCUCUUUUGUUUUUUGGUUAAACGGAGACUUCCGGAUCUCUGGCAGAGGGUGGGUCCCCACGGGAGGAGCUGCCACUCGGCUCAGAGGGCCUGGGUGGUGCCCCUCCCCCUCCUGGCCCAGCUCUGCGACGCCGGACCCUCUGCCCUGUGAGGCGGCCUGAGGCCGACCGAGGCACAAACCAGGACCUCGAUUCCCAGGCUGGGAGCAGGGCUGGCCGGGUGACCGGCGAGUCAAGCAUCGACAGUUCGGGCAUUUCUACCCAAUAUUGGAAUUGAACCCAUUGGCCAAAUAAAGUCAAGAUUUUACUACC